AGCCCCAGCCCAGAUCUCAGGCAGGGAGGAGCCAGGUUCUAAUCACAGCUCAGCCUUGGAGGGCAGACAGAUAAUGAGUCCCUCCCGGCCCCCCUGGCCCCAGAGAGGGAGGGGUUUCCUGACAGGAAAUUGACCCAGAUCCGCCCCCCCCACCCCGGUGGGGCUCCACUCCACUUAGCCAGCAGUGCCCACUUAGAGCGUCCAGACAGAGGCCGGGACCGGCGGUCAGAGGGACUCAGGUCCCGCCCCACGAUGCCUAUCCUGAAGAGCCUUCGGAUACCAGACCCGAAGGGGACUCGGGCCAACACCCUGCCCCUGACGCCUUCCAGGAACCCCUUUGAGUCGUCCUCAGGGGCGGAGGAUGAGGAGAAGGGGGACCUGGAUGCCUUCCGUGGGGAGUCAGCCCCUACCCUGCCUAAUGGGGCCUCGUGCCACCGCCGGGCCACCCUGGAGAAGCUGGUGGGCCUGUCACCCUUCAGGCUGGGCAGGGGAGGGGGCCGACGGGUGGGCAGCCCUGGAGAUGGGGAGUCCCGCUCCUUCUUGGGCCGGGUGCUGGGCCCGGGGGUCCGGCGGAGCUCGGCCGAUUUCGGUCUCUUGGCCAGACUCAACGGGGCCCGACAGGGUGGAACAGGGGACGCCGAGGCUGCAGGCGAGGCGGCCCGGAGGCUGGCCUUCUUGAGGCUGGGACGAGGGCCCAAGCCCCGCCGGGGGUCCCUGGCAGAAAGGCUGCUGCCCUCAGGGGAGCCGGCCGUGGGGACAGCACCCCCGGCCCCGGCGCCACCCAAGGCGAAGGAGCCGCUGUCUGUCCUAGAGAUCCUGAGCUUGAUCCAGAAGCGAGAACUGGCGCGGGCAGACGAACACAUCCUGGAGUUAGAGGCCGAGGAGAAGCUGGUGACAUCGGGGGCCGGCCCUGGCAGCCUGGGGGGAGGCCGGGGCCUCCCCGAGGGCCGCCGGGCCCGAGACGUGACCCUGCUCUAUGAAGCUUUGCAGCGAGAGCUCUGGGCCCUGGUCAGGGAGACGCUGGCAGACCCCGGAGCCGCUGGAGGGACCGGAGGGGCCCCCCUGACCCAGCUGGGUCAGGUCCUCGCCCAGGAAGAGGAGGCUGAUGGGCGCCGGGGACCGGGGGCAGCCCGGAGGUUCCGAGCGCACUGGGCGGAAGCUGUGGGCCAGGUGGCUGGGGAGCGGCUAGAGGCGGCUGCCGGGGCGGAGGCCGAAGCCAUGGCCGGGAGGCUGGAGGCCCUGAGGUCUAGGCUCCUGGAGGACAUGGGGGCUGUUCGGACCCGCCUGGCACCUGCUUACCCAGCCAGCCUGGGAGCCUUCGGUGUCUACCUGCGGGGUUACCAUGGAGCCCUGUCUGACUGGCUGAGGAAGGCCACCUACCACUGGCUACCUCUGGCUGACCGCUAUGCUCUCCUGUACUGGCACAACCAAGUCUAUCCGAGGGAGAUCCUGGGCCUGGUGAACAUAGUGGCCCUGGAGAAUGGACAACUGGGCCCCCUGCUUCCCGCUGAAACCAUUCGGAGCCUGGAGGACGAAUGUGUGACUGACGUCAAGGCUCAGACUCGAGCUGCUCUCCUCCAGACCCUGCAGGAAGAGGAAGAGCAAUGGAUCGGGGCUGAUGAGCAGCCCAGCAGCCUGGCUCAAGAUGUUUGUGAGCUGCUGGAAGAGCACACAGAUCAGGCCCCUCGCAUCAGCCACGAGUUUGGGGAGCGGAUGGCACACUGCUGCCUAGGAGGACUGGCUGAAUUCCUGCAGAGCUUCCAGCAGCGGGUGGAGCGGUUCCACGAGAACCCGAGUGUCCGAGAGCUGCCUUCUGACAGUUAUAUCAGUCGGACGAUCACCUUGGUGAACUGUGGCCCCCCGCUUCGGGCCCUGGCUGAGCGACUGGCCCGGGUGGGGCCCUCGGAGAGCGAGCCUGCUCGGGAGGCGGCUGCCAGCGCUCUUGACCGGGUCACCCGCCUCUGCCACCGAGUCCUGGCUGACCUGCUCUUUCAAGAGCUGCAGCCCCACUUCUCCAAACUGAUGCGCCGGAAGUGGCUGACCAGCUCCGAGGCGCUGGACGGCAUUGUGGGGACCCUGGGAGCUCAGGCCUUGGCCCUCAGAAGAAUGCAUGAUCAGCCCUACCAGGCCCUGGUGGGGGAGCUGCACCGAAGGGCCCUGGUGGAGUACGUCCGACCCUUGCUUCGGGGGCGCCUGCGAUGCCGGUCUGCCCGCUCCAGGAGCCGAGUGGCCGGGAGGCUGAGGGAUGAGGCUGCCCAGCUCCAGAGGCUCUUUAGGCGUCUGGAGUCCCAGGCCUCGUGGCUGGAUGCUGUGGUACCACAUCUGGCUGAAGUUCUGCAGCUGGAGGACACGCCCAGCAUCCAGGUGGAGGUCGGGGUCCUGGUUCGAGACUACCCCGAUAUCAGGAGAAAGCACGUGGCCGCCCUCUUAGAUGUACGGGGUCUCCGGAGUGCAGCUGCUCGGCACGAAAUACUGGCUGUGGCCAGGGACCUGGAGCAGAGCGGGGAAGGGGCUCCUGCCCCUCCCCGGGACCGAGCUUUUUUUGCCGACAUCCCCGUCCCUCGGCCGCCUUUCUGUCUGGGCCUCCCCCUCCCACUUGGCCGACUACCCCUGGCCCGACUCACCAGGCCCGAUCUUGCCUGCCUGCCCAGGUCCCGCCCUCGGCCCCCUGCCCGGUCUCGUGCCCAACCCUGAGUGCGCCUGGGGCUCCUAGAACCUGCCCUGUGAUGCUGCUGUCCCAGCCUGGAAGCUUGUGUCUUCUCCCUUUCCCCCAACAUCUGCUGCCGAGAAAGAAGGAUUCUGUCCCUGGGAACAGCAUGGGAUGUCAGAGCCGGGAGAGUCCUCAGCACAGAAUGGCAUAACUAGCAGGACCCUGGGAACAUGGAAUAUCAGAGUUGGAAGGGCCUUUAGAACGUAGACCAUCAGGGCUGGGAGAACCUUUAGAAGACAAACCAUUAGAACUGGGAGAACCUUUAAAACACAGAUCAUCAGAACUGGGAGAACUUUUAGAACAUAGAUCACAAGAACUGGAAGAACCUUUAGAACACAGAUCAAAAGAACUAGAACUUUUAGAACAUAGAUCACAAGAAUUGGGAGAACCUUUAGAACACAGAUCACCAGAACAGAAGAACCUUUAUAACAUUGAUUUUCAGAAUAAGGAAGAAGCUUAAAACAGAGAAUGUCAGUGCUGGGAAGACCUGCAAAUAGAGUUAAGGUUGAAAAGAGAGUUAGAAGAUGGGUCAAUAAUCAGUAAAUAAACAUGUAUUAAGCACCUACUGUGUGCCAGGCUCUACGUUAAAUGAUAGCCCCUCAUGGUGGGAAGACACAUCAUUUCAUUUCUUUCCCCCAUUUAUAGAUGGCAGAACUAGAGCUCAUGAGUGAGGUCACACAGCAAGCCAGGGACAGAGCUGGGAGCCAGGGUGGGUCCCCCAGAAUAAUGGAGGCUGGCUAUGCUCGACCCAGUCUCCAUCUCUUCCCUCUCAACUUCUUCUUGGGGCGUUUCCUUGUGUAAUAAAGAAUGUAUGAUUAUAAAAUAAAUAUGUUUCUAUUUAACAAGCAACAGAGCCCGAGUCCUGUG